UUGAAAUUUGUAUUAAUUUCUCAGGUAAGUUCAUCUCAGAAAGUCCACGAGAAUUUCCGUUGCUGGAUAACAACGGAGCCACAUCCCAAAUUUCCAAUUGCACUUUUACAAAUUAGCACAAAAUUCACGUUUGAUCCACCAAUGGGAAUUCGAGCGGGACUUCUCCGUACUUAUGCUAUGAUUGGCCAGGAGGGUGAGGACCAAUUAGAGGCAAGCAGUGCUGUCCAAUGGAAACCACUGCUCUAUGCAGUUUCUUUUCUCCAUACCAUUGUUCAAGAGAGACGCAAAUUCGGACCGAUAGGGUGGAACAUUCCCUAUGAGUUCAAUCAAGCAGAUUUCACUUCAACUGUUCAGUUUAUUCAGAAUCAUUUGGAUGAUAUGGAUGCGCAUAAGUGCUUGAGUUCACCUGAUAAGCUGACUUGGCAGGGUAUAUCUUGGGCGACUCUCCGAUACAUGAUCAGCGAGGUCCAAUAUGGUGGGCGAGUCACUGAUGAUUACGAUAAGCGUCUACUCAACACCUACGUGCAAGUGUGGUUUACAGAUCGU